AUGGCUGCGACAUCUCUACCUCUUAGGAGCAACGUCCCCGAAUCGUCGAAGCAAAAGAAUAAAAAGAAUCCGACAUCUACGAUCGGAGCUCCAGCCCAACGAAGCCAAUCGAGUAGAAAAGGCAAGCGAGCCUGGCGAAAGAAUAUAGAUAUCGACCAAGUCGAGGAGAGACUCGAGGAACUUCGUACCGAGGAGAGGGAAUUUGGGAAACCACUCCAAAAGCACGAUGAUAGCGAACUCUUCCAAAUAGAUGUCACAGGAGAUGCAGAUAUACGGAAGAGACUUCCCCGAUACUCAAAAGCCCAGCUAACUUCGACGAAAAUACUAUCACAGCGAUCGGCCGUGCCUGCUGUUGUAUCUCGCACGACCACUUCGUCAAAGAAAAGAAAAUCUCCCCUCAGCCAAGAAGAUAAAGCUCGACUGCUACGCAUGGGCAAGCGCAUGCGCCGAGGCCCGUUCAAUAGUGUCAUGGAUCCGACGGAAUUUGGAAACGGGAGCGGUUUGUUAGAGUUGAGCGAGGCCGUAAAGAAGAGUGGGACAUAUGAUGCUUGGGCAACGGAGAACGAGGAGGAGGACAUUGUAAUGGAAGGAGGCUUCGGCACGGAAACAGUGAACAAGCCGAAGGUUAAACCACCUCCCGUCCCUCACCCGAAAGACAAGAUCGAAGUGCCAGCGAUCGCUGAACCGCACCAGGGAACGUCGUAUAACCCUCUCGCAUCGGCCUAUCAGGACCUCCUGCUCAAAGCGCACGAGACUGAGGAACGCAGAGUAAAUGAGAUCGCGAAGGUAGCUGCAGUGAAAGACAAAAUGGCGGAAGCCAGGCAUAAUGACGAUGACGCCGACAACAUUGGCCUUCCUCGUGGCAUGAAACUCGACACGCCCUUAGAAGAUGAUACGGAAGCGGAGGGUGAGGUUCUUCUCCCUAAAAAGCAGCCGGAGCGCAAGACAAAGGCGCAACGAAAUAAAGCUGCGAAAGCCCUCGCCGAACGACGCAUUCUAGCUGCAAAAGCAGCUCGCAAGCAGCUCCUCGUUGCGAUCGAUGGUGCAAAGACACUUCGGAAGUCGACAGAACAGUCGUUUGCGGCCCGUCAACAAGAACGUUUACUUAAAAGGCAGAUAUUGUUAGACAACCUCAAGUAUGGAUUGGCAGGCACGCGACUGGGAAAACACAAGGUACCGGAAGGUAACCUCGAUGUCCAGCUCGGCGACGACCUCAGUGAAAGUCUGAGAGCGCUGAAGCCUGAGGGGAAUCUCUUCAAAGACCGGUUCAUUAGUCUACAGCACCGAGCACUCAUCGAACCCCGAGCACCAGUGAUACCUAAAAAGCGCAGAACAAAAACGAUUGAAUACGAAAAGCACGCCUGGAAGCGCUUCGAAUAA